CCGCCCUCGGCCGGCGCGGGCCUCGCUCGGUUUAGCCUCGCCGCCCGCCUCGGCAGCUGACUGGGAUCGCGGCCGAAAUCAGCUUCUGGUGGCCCGGCUUCCGCGGAAAGGCCGGGACGGCGGUUGCCGGGAGGACUGCGCCGCCCUGCGCGGCGUCUCUUAGGUUUCUGCUGCCCCGGCCUGCACCCGCGUCUCUGUCUCAGUGGAGAGCAAGGAGUUUGCCCCCAUGCUAAAUAAAACUAACGCCUUUCAAAGCAGUGGUGGUGUUCACUUAAGAUAGUUUAUCCACGAUAGCUGUUAACACCAAUGCCUGCUGCAGAGAUACUGAGGGUUUAGGAGCAGACCUCUUCCUCUGCUUAUACCUUUUACAUUUUAAGCCAGCAGAAUACAAGUGGUGCCUUUCAGACACCGAGGUUUCCCCUGCGCAAGCCUCCAAGGAGCAGUCUUCUGUCUCGUGUCCCACAUGGGUAGCUCUUCUGCAUCAAUCCGUGUGUGCAGGCUGCUUGGAGUGAUGGGUCUCGAGAAACAGAUGAAAGAAAGAUUUUGCCUCUCCAAGUACAUCCCAAAUAUAGCCUGGAAAGAGGUGGUAUCCAGAGGAGACCAUACUGAAGCAGACAGGAUGGGAAACCUGAGAGCUCAACACACAAAAGUUUGGGGUGUCUUUUCCAUCUUCCUAAACAGUGAAAUGCAUUUCCCAGAUUUUUACUCUGGAUUGGGAUUUAAGCCCAAAUUUUCCUCACUGUACCACUGCUGCUGAAAAUUAAAACAGAAUCAAAACCAGAAAUCUCAGUAGACAUCAAGCAAAUGUUGUCCUCCUGCUGUCCUUCCAGCUCCAACUGGUCUUACCUGUAGCUUAUGGGGAUUGUACCCUAUGGGGUUGUAAAUGGAGGCAGUUCUUCCCUGCUACUUCCCUGGCCCAUGCUCAGCUCUUCGUCUGAGGAAGACUAGAUAUGUCACUCUGGGACCUGUCCACUGAGGACAAAACACUCCUGCUGUCUUUAGUCUUUACUUAGCUGAUUGUUUUGCCUGUGAUCUGCCCGGCUGCUGGGAGCAAAACAGCAUGAACUCAGGAGAUCACUCCUGGCCCCAGCCUCUGGAGACAGAGCUCCCAGCUGAGGGAUGGGUUGUUUUCCAUGUUCUUUUUGGUGAAAUCCCCCAGGGCCUUGAAAUUGUAGAGUGAAGCAAUUAGCUUAGCACAAUUUAUUACAAGUGAUAGUGCAGGAUGCAAAAACAACAAAGAACUGUAGAGAGGAUCAGGAGAAAUGUCUCUGUCAGGUCAGAGGCCAGAGUCCAAAACAGAUGUGGUGAAGGACAUGAAUUUUUCUGAGCCAAAAAAUCAUCAGCAAGGUCCCCAGGAAAAACAGCCGAUACUUUAUAGCUAUUUCCGAAGUUCCUGCUCUUGGAGAGUGAGAAUUGCACUGGCUCUGAAAGGGAUUGCCUAUGAUGUGGUGCCAGUGAACCUCCUGAAGGAUGGGGGACAGCAGUUUUCUGCUGAAUUCAAGGCAGUGAAUCCAAUGCAGCAAGUCCCAGCCUUGAAAAUUGAUGGCAUCACCCUUUCUCAGUCACUAGCUAUAAUUCAUUACCUAGAAGACACCUGUCCUAACCCCAGGCUCCUGCCCCAAGAUCUGAAGAAGAGAGCCCAAGUCAGAAUGAUCGCAGAUCAUAUUGUUUCUGGCAUUCAGCCACUUCAGAACCUAAGCGUCCUGAAACAAAUGGGGGAGAAAAAAAUGGAAUGGGCUCAGAACUGCAUUGCAUCUGGCUUCCAAGCACUGGAGCAGACUCUAGAGCACACUGCUGGGCGCUACUGUGUGGGGGAUGAAGUCUCCAUGGCUGAUCUGUGCUUGGUGCCCCAAGUUUUCAAUGCUGAAAGAUUCAAAGUGGACAUGGGUCCAUAUCCCACAAUAACCAGAAUAAACAAAGCUCUCCUGGAGUUAGAGGCAUUCAAAGUAAGCCACCCAUCCCUGCAGCCAGAUACUCCUGCAGAGCUGCGAGCUUGAAGCCUUUCUACUCAUCACAUCAAGGGCUUCUUCUUUCUCCCAUCUACAGAAAGAGCAUCAGGGAACCGGUGUAC